AUGGGUCCAAUGGAGCGCAAGGUCGUCACAGAGAAGACUCCAGUGCUUGACAUCGGAGCUAUGGAGAAAAUCAAGUCCGGACAAAUAGAUAUCGCCCCUGGAAUCAAAAGGUUCGCUCGUAGCCACGUGGAGCUCGUUGAUGGUCAGAUAUUAGAUCUCGACGCAGUUGUUCUCGCCACGGGUUACCGCAGUAAUGUUCCCUCUUGGCUUCAGGAAAAUGACUUAUUUUCUAAAAAACGGGUUUACGAAUCGCCGUUUCCAAACGCAUGGAAAGGUAAAUCGGGACUUUACGCGGCUGGAUUCACGAGGAAAGGAUUGGCCGGAGCAUCAGCAGACGCUGUUAGCAUCGCUCAAGAAAUUGGAAACGUGUGGAGAGAAGAGACAAAACGACAGAAAAUGAGAACACGAGUGGGUCACCGCAGAUGCAUCUCAGUUGCUUAGAGGCCAAGUUAGAGUUCUUUCAUACAUUUAUUAUAUUAUUUUAGAACGGUUUGGGCAAGAAGAAAAACAGUGUUUAUUUAUUAACUCAUUUUUUUGUAAAGAAAAGAAGAAGAAAGUAUACAGAUAUAAAGAUAGGGAAUAUAACAGAGUGUAGAAGAGAGCCCUCUUCAAGCCCAACGGUGUUGUUUUUGAUGGCUGUAUCGGGCGUUUUGUGUUAAC